CAGCGCCCUUUCAGCUGGCACAAUACUCCCUGCACUGAGACAAGCAUCGCUAACCAUGGCAAUAGCUUGGAGGCUUCUCACGUGGACUGUCAUCUUCACUGCGGCCGUGUGCAACUUUCCUGGUUACACGUUCCAGUCACAAGAGGAGUUCCUCUCCAGCCUCGAUCACUAUGAAAUUGCGUUCCCCAUCCAAGUGGACCAAAACGGGGACUUCCUCACCUUUGACGUGAGAAGCCAGCUGAAGCAACGCCCUCGGCGCAGUCUGGGGUCCUUGCCCUACGAGCCAUCUGAGCAGCAGGUUUUCUACAAAGUCUCUGCCCACCGAACCCAGUUCCUCCUCAACCUGACACUGCACUCCAACCUGCUGGCUGAGCACUUCACUGUCGAAUACUGGAAGCGAGAUGGCGUGGACUGGCAACAUGAUUUCCACGAAGACUGCCACUAUGCGGGCCACUUGCAGGAUCAGUACCUGAACUCAAAGGUCGCCAUCAGCAACUGCAAUGGACUGCACGGGGUGAUUGUCGCAGAUGAAGAGGAGUAUUUCAUUGAACCGCUGAGCCCGGGAGCCAAUGUCAGCACAGGGAGCGAGGGCAAGGGCAGCCCCCACGUCGUGUACAAGCGAUCAUCUCUCCAGUACCCACACAUGGAUGCAGCCUGCGGCGUGCUAGAUGAGAAGCCCUGGAAGGGGAGACACUGGUGGCUGCGGACGCUGAAGCCCUCCCCUCUGAAGCCAUCGAGCAACCACAGCCAGCGGGGACAGCUGCCCCUGAAGAGAUCUGUCAGCACGGAACGCUACGUGGAGACCCUGGUGGUGGCCGACAAAAUGAUGGUGGGGUACCACGGGCGGCGGGACAUAGAGCAGUACAUCCUGGCCAUCAUGAAUAUUGUUGCCAAACUUUUCCAGGACUCGAGUCUGGGCAAUAUUGUCAAUAUCCUGGUGACCCGGCUGAUUCUCCUCACUGAGGAUCAGCCCACACUGGAGAUUAACCAUCACGCCGGCAAAUCCCUGGACAGCUUCUGCAAGUGGCAGAAAUCCAUUGUGAACAGGAAUGGCAAUGGGAACGCUAUCCCAGAGAAUGGCAUAGCCAACCACGACACUGCAGUGCUGAUCACCAGAUACGACAUUUGCAUCUACAAGAAUAAACCGUGUGGCACCCUGGGCCUGGCCCCCGUCGGCGGGAUGUGCGAACGAGAACGAAGCUGCAGCAUCAACGAGGACAUUGGCCUGGCCACAGCCUUCACCAUUGCCCAUGAGAUCGGCCACACGUUUGGCAUGAAUCAUGAUGGUGUCGGCAACAGCUGUGGUUCCCGUGGGCAGGAAACGGCCAAGCUCAUGGCUGCUCACAUCACCAUGAAGACCAACCCAUUUGUAUGGUCCACAUGCAGCAGGGAUUACAUCACCAGCUUCCUGGACUCUGGGAUGGGAUUAUGCCUGAACAAUGCUCCUCCCAAGCAAGACUUUAUCUACCCAACGGUGGCUCCAGGACAGGCCUACGAUGCAGACGAGCAGUGCCGUUUCCAGUACGGAGUUAAAUCUCGCCAGUGUAAAUACGGGGAAGUCUGCAGUGAGUUAUGGUGUCUGAGUAAAAGCAACCGCUGCAUAACCAACAGCAUCCCUGCCGCUGAGGGGACCAUAUGCCAAACCAACACCAUUGAAAAGGGGUGGUGCUACAAGAGGGAGUGUGUGCCUUUUGGCACCCGACCGGAGGGCGUGGAUGGCGCCUGGGGAGCCUGGUCAUCUUGGGGAGAGUGCAGCAGGACAUGCGGCGGAGGCGUAUCAUCAUCCAUUCGCCACUGUGACAGCCCGCGGCCCACGAUCGGAGGGAAGUAUUGCCUGGGAGAGCGGAAGCGGUACCGGUCCUGCAACACCGAUGACUGCCCACCAGGCUCCCAGGACUUCCGAGAGCUGCAGUGUGCCGAAUUCGAUAACGUCCCUUUCCGAGGGAAGUACUACACCUGGAAGACGUACCGUGGAGGGGGUGUGAAAGCCUGUUCCCUCAACUGCCUGGCCGAGGGUUUCAACUUCUACACAGAACGAGCCGCAGCCGUGGUGGAUGGGACACCGUGCCGGCAGGACUCCAACGACAUCUGCGUCAAUGGGGAGUGCAAGCAUGUGGGCUGCGACCGUGUCCUGGGCUCUGACUCAAAGGAGGAUAAGUGUCGCGUAUGUGGGGGAGACGGCAGCUCCUGUGAGACCAUUGAGGGCGUCUUCAACCAGUCCCUGCCGGAGGGAGGUUACGAGGAGGUGAUCCAGAUUCCCAAGGGCUCCGUCCACAUCGACAUCCGGGAGCUGAACCUCUCCAUCAACUACCUAGCGCUGAGAGGGGAGAGCGGCGAGUAUUACAUCAACGGGAGGCUCUCCAUCGACCCUCCGCGGCGCUUUGACAUCGCAGGCACAACAUUCCACUACAGGAGAUCCCCAGAAGAGCCUGAGUCCCUGGAGGCCUUGGGACCCACCAACGUCACCCUCUUUGUCAUGGUCCUUGUGCGGACAGAGCUGCAGGGAAUCCGGUACAAGUUCAACGCACCCAUCAGCAGGGAUGGCUCGAACCAGUACCUCUGGCACUACACCCCAUGGACCAAAUGCUCAGCACUGUGUGCAGGGGGCAGCCAGAUCCAAUCUGUGGUAUGCAAGAAACUUUCCGAUGGCUCAACUGUCUUCAACCAUUUCUGUAGCCCUGAAACCAAAAUGCCAGAGCGACAAAGGCCAUGCAAUACCGAACCAUGCCCCCCAGCCUGGGUGAUUGGGAACUGGUCUGAAUGCAGCCGAAGUUGCAAUGAAGGCGUCCGCACACGCAGCGUCUUCUGCAAGCGUAAGAUCUCUGCCACCGAGGAGAAGACCUUGGAUGAUGCUUCUUGCAGCCAUCCACGGCCAAAGAUGCUUGAGCCUUGCAAUAACCAGACGUGCCCUCCAGAGUGGGUCGCCCUGGAUUGGUCUGAAUGCACCCCAAGCUGCGGGCCAGGUUUCCGCCAUCGCAUUGUCCUCUGCAAGAGCGGUGACCACAGCGCAACGCUGCCCACCUCCCAGUGCUACGAAGGCUCCAAGCCCCCGACCAGCAUGAGGUGCAACCUGCGGCGCUGCCCACCGCCACGCUGGGUGACUGGCGAGUGGGGAGAGUGCUCUGCGCAGUGUGGCCUUGGCCAGCAAAGAAGAUCUGUCCAGUGCCUGGCUCACACCGGGCAGCCGUCCAGCGACUGCGUGGAGACCCUGCAGCCGCCUGGCAUGCAGCAGUGCGAGACCAAGUGCGAAUCGGGACCUACGGACAACCCUGAAGAAUGCAAGGAUGUGAACAAGGUGGCCUACUGCCCACUCGUCCUGAAGUUCAAGUUCUGCAGCCGGACCUACUUCCGACAGAUGUGCUGUAAAACGUGCCAGGGGCACUAGGGACACAGCGUGACCCCAUGGGAAAACUGGAAGGCAAAAGCUACGCUGCAGGGCCGCCGAACUGUGCCCUUCCUCUCCACCCCAGGAAUCUCCCCUGGGUCCAACACAGACACUGGUCGUGCUUCCGGUGGGAGCCGGCGUCACCAAAACCCGCCCCCCAAAGACAUGCACCCUUCACCCCUGAGCUUCACAAUAGCAGGUUCCCAGUUAAAACACUGCCAGCCGCUGCAGACACCGCCACGGACAACUGCGACAGGACCUGGUCAAUGAGCGGUGGGAGAGGGAGAAGCUGGCAGAGCGCGGCAGCAGGGACAUUACUUGAAAUUCUGACAUUGUUAUUUAUUAGUAGCGGACCCAGGUCCUGCAGGCGCCGAGACAGCCACCAAAGCGGCACCACUCGCCCCGCUCCUGCCUCGUCCUGUCCCGCGCCCGUGUCCUGAGGGCAUGGCAGGGCAUCGUGGUCCGCAGUGGGGCGUACACAGGGAGGCUGAGCACACCGGGGACUGCUGCCUUUCCCUCGGGGAUCCCAGGGGAAGCAGGGAGGAGGUUUCAGGUGCCACAUGUGACAAGCAUGCCUUGUGGCUUCUGGGCGAUGGACGAAGAUGAGCUGCUGUGGGGAGCGGGGUUGGAGCAGGAAUUCUGUUUUCUUGUUUUGCAUCCUCUCACCUUGGGACAUGCAGCAGGGGACAGAGAGCAGAUCACUCAGUGAGCAGAGCGGUGACAUCAGUUUCACUGGCAGAGGGGCUUAUGCAAACUCUCUUAACAACCUACUUUGAUAUGGGUGUCCCCCUACUUUUCCUUAAAGCCCUUGUCGCUAUGAUGGCCAUUUUUUAUUCCAGAAACAGCUCGCAGCACGAGCUGAGGUCAGGGCCCAGGCAUGCUCGGGGUUGCAGUCACUUAACGGGCAUCAAGGACAUGUCGGGCUGCAGGAAGCAAAGCAAAGGAGGAUGCAGGACGAGAACUGUCUUGGUCACAGUGUCCCCAUUGCCGAGACGUGACUCGGCACCAGUCUGCCUGGUCCUGGCAGGGCCCUUCCCAGCGAACUCCACGGCCUCAGCGGCUGCUUUGCCUCCAAAGGUGCUUUACUUCCAAAGGUGCUUUGCCUCCAAAAGGUGCUUUGCCUCCGAAAGGUGCUUUGCCUCCAAAGGCAGCCUGGCUGCAUGCCGCUGUGGCCUCGGGGUGCCAGUCCCAGUGCC